AUGGUGCAUAAAUGUAAAUUAUUAAUAUCUUAUUUAGGUUUUAGUUAUGAGAAGAAAUAAAUUAAAGAUAUUUGCAUUAUUUCAAAACAAUAACAACAGUUAUUCUGUAAAAAGUUUAUAAUGUUAAGCACAAAAAGUAUACAUAUAUGUUUUGGUCAGCCAAAAUAGAUAUAAAAUCGAAUAUAAUUUCCUAGUUUUAGACAAAAUCAUAAUAAUUAACAACAAUUCAAAGUAAGGAGAAUGGAUUGA